AUGGAUUUACUGAUGGAAUUAAUGAAGGACUUAAACUUCGAAGUUGAAAUGUUUGAAGUAAUGGAUGGUUUCUGGGGAGCUUGGACACCAGAUGGAUGGAAUGGUAUAAUACGUGAUUUAAUCGAUAACAGAGCUGAUAUGGCAGUGACUUCAUUGAAAAUUACACCGAAUCGAUCACAACAAAUUGAAUUCAGUGUACCCUUUCUAGAAACCGGUAUAGCAGUUUCAGUAGCUUUACGUGAAGGCGCUAUAGCACCAACAGCUUUUCUAAAACCAUACGACUAUCAGUGUUGGUGCGUCAUUUUAGUAUUCAGUGUACAUGCAACAGGUGCGGCACUUUACAUUUAUGAAUGGUUUAGUCCAAAUGGAAUGAAUCGUGGACGAUCACCGGAUCAAAACCAUCGUUUCUCCUUCUUCAGUUCACUUUGGCUAAUCUGGUCAAUGUUAUUUGGAGCUGCAGUGAAUGCUGAGAAUCCUAGAGGGAUGGCUAGUCGAUUUAUGGCAAAUAUUUGGGCUUUAUUUGCACUUGUAUUUCUAGCCUCAUAUACAGCAAACUUAGCUGCCUUUAUGAUAGCCAAAGAAGACUACUUUGAGUUAAUUGGUGUCAAUGAUUGGCGAUUACAGCAUCCUUGGUUUCUUAAACCACCGCUGCGAUUUGCCACUAUUCCAAGUGGAGCUACUGAAGAGAAUAUAAAAAUCAAUUUUCCAGAAAUGCAUCGGUAUAUGAGCAAGUUUAAUAAAUCCACUGUUGAAGAAGGUCUGAAAGCAACGAAAUCAGGGCAACUUGACGCCUUUUUAUACGAUGCAAAUGUACUAGACUAUUGGGCGAUGAAGGAUGAAGGCUGUAAACUACGUACAGUUGGAAAUUUAUACGCAAUGACCGGUUAUGGCAUAGGCUUUUCCAAAAGUAGUCGAUGGUUAACUAAAAUUAAUUCUCGGAUAUUGGAUUAUCAAAAAAACGGUAAAUUACAACGGUGGAAAAAUUUUGGCUAA